AUGAAUGGAAUCUUUGACAAUUGGUGGCCUGGUGGGUGCUGCAUUCAAGAAAAAAUAAAGGAAUCGAUACAUGAGACUAAAACUUUAUUCUGGGUAGAUACGUGGAUUGGUAAUGAUCCGUUGAAGGUGCAAUAUCCAAACCUCUAUGUAUUAGCAGCAAAAAAGAAAGCAAAGAUCAAGGAAGUUUACAAAGAUAUAAACGGGGGCACGUUUUGGGACUGGGAAUGGACUAGAGCCCCGAACACGGAUGUGGAGAAGCAGGAGAUGGAGUCCCUAAAAGAACAAUUACAACAACAAAAAAUGUCUCACGUCGGGGAUGUAUGGGUCUGGAAGAAUUAUGAACAUCAAGAAUUCAGCGUUAAAAAUGUGAAACUUUCUUUAGGUCGUAACCUGGAUUUGAACUCAUCUCCGAGUACGUUUUGCUGGAACAGUUGGGCAACUGGUAACAGUGCAGCUUUCGUUUGGCGAGCAAUGGAUAACAAGAUCCCGUCAGCCGUGGCACUGAGAGACAGAGGCGUAAAUCUGCAGGAAGUCUCCUGCAAAAUAUGUGGAGCUGGUGAUGAAUCGGCAGAACAUAUUCUGCUGCAUUGUAACCUGGCGGCAAGAGUAUGGGAGGCCGUGAAGGACUGGACGAAAACGAGAUGGGUUAACACAAAUGGCAGCAUAGCGGAACUAUUACAAUCGAUACUGGAUGGUCAAAUGGGUAGUCACAGGAGAAAAAUGUUACACACAAUUGCAAUUCAGGCGAUGUGGAUUCUGUGGAAGAAUAGAAACGAAAAAGUUUUCACAGGCAAACUGAAACCGGCCCAGAUAAUUAUUGAGGAUAUAAAGGAUACGUCAUUCCAAGGUGUGAAACUACGAUCAAAAUAUAGUUCGAUCACAAAACAACAAUGGUGGGAUUUCAAUUUUAUCUUGUAG